AUAAAUUCACACCUGGACAUGAGGGCUCCACCACUUUGAGCUGCCCUUGUGAAGGUGACCUGACGUUCAGUCCAGAAGAUGUGGUCCUCGGUUGCAGUGAUAUUACUAAUACAGGCAGCAUUGAGCUAUGGAGAGUGGAUUUCAGUUGCUAAUGGUGGCAGAUGGGGCACCUGGGGAGAUGUAGAGCGAUGUCCUCCUAACUCUCGGGCUGUCGGAUUCAACCUAAAGGUGGAAGCAUCAAUCGGACGUCGUGGAGAUGACACCGCCCUGAAUGGAAUCGGACUGCUCUGUGAAUACCACAACGGGUCUACUGCAGGAAUGAUUACAUCUAGAGUAUCACCAUGGGGGCAAUGGACUAACGUUUCACGUUGUCAAGAACAUUUAGCAGCUUUUAGGCUGCAGGUUGAACCCCCUCAGGGUGAUGGAGAUGACACAGCGGCCAACAACAUGGAGAUGUUAUGUUCAGAUCCCAAACCUCUGAACGGAUAUGGUGGCCGCUGGGGAACUUUUGAAGGCUGGAGUCGUCCUUGCGAUGAUGGGAUCUGUGCUAUCAAAACCAAAGUGGAAGCACCACAAGGCAGAGGAGAUGACACCGCUAUGAAUGAUGUCCAGUUUGAAUGUUGUUGACCACAAAUCACCCCAUGGGGUUCAUGUAAAACUGGAUCUCAAUCUCGUAAAUAAAACCAUAGGUUCAUGUCUUGGUCACCGUCUCGC